UAUCAGUCAGUCAGUCAGAGCAGUUCCUCCAUCUAAGAUGCACACUUGUUUGCGUAGCAGCGACUAGAGGCUUUUCCUCCGCUCGCUCACGUCCCGGGUGUGCCACCCUCAAGUGGAUGGCGAGGAGGGGGAGGGGGAGGGGUCACGCAUGGAGCUGUGAGGACGCUCAGAUGCCCGUGUGGACGCCCCGGGAGGAGGAGGAGGAGAAAGCACGGCCAUGAACAGGACCAAAAGGAAGCCAAACUGCGAGAGUCCCAACGCGCCGCAGAGCAGGAAGCAGGUCCAGAGGAGGCGGAACACGUGUCCCAGUCCUCAGGACAUCACCCGGGCCCUGCAGGGGCCCCCCAACGUGCCCAGCGCCAGCGCCGCCAGCCUGGAUGAGCUCAUACUACGCUGCCUCAACUGCUUCGACUGUGAGGGGAAGGUAUGCAGCCCGCGAGGCUCCCAGGUGGUCCACAUGACCCUGAUGAUGCACAGCUGGGUGGUCCCGUCCCAGACCUUCGCCCAGAAGCUCCUGGCCUCGUACAAGGACUGCCCGCCCGACAAGAGAGGACUGAGGCGGAGUCAGGUCUGCCACCUGGUCAGGACCUGGAUCGGCCAGUUCCCUGCCGUGUUUGAGGCCGACCCUCUCCUGGAGCAGACCAUGGGGGACCUGUGGGCGCUGGUCCGCUCUGAUGGGGAGGAGACGCAUCUCAUCGACACCUCCUGCUUAAGCCCUCACGCCAACGUGUCACAGGCUCCUUCGCCCUCAGUGAAGAAGAGGAAGGUGUCCCUCAUCUUCGACCACAUGGAGGCGGAUGAGAUGGCCGAGCACCUCAGCUACUUGGAGUUCAAGAACUUCUGCAAUGUUACGUUCCUGGACUACCGCAGCUACGUGGUACGAGGCUCGGUGAGGGACAACCCGGCGCUGGAGCGCUCGGUCAUGAUGUGCAACGGCGUGUCCCAGUGGGUCCAGCUGAUGAUCCUCAGCAGGCACACGGCCCAGCAGAGGGCAGAGGUCUUCACCAAGUACAUCCAUGUGGCUCAGAGACUUCGAGGUCUGCAGAACUUCAACACGCUGAUGGCCGUCACCGGUGGCCUCUGCCACAGCUCCAUCUCCCGCCUCAAAGACACGUACAACCUGCUGCCUCCUGACGUCACCAAGGCCCUGAGUGAGAUGACAGAUCUGCUGUCGUCACGCAGCAACUACAGCAACUACCGGCGGGUCUACAGCGAGUGCGCUGGCUUCAAGGUGCCCAUCCUGGGCGUGCACCUCAAGGACCUGAUCUCCCUCAACGAGGCGCUGCCCGACUACGUGGACGAGGACAAGAUCAACCUGAGCAAGCUGCAGCACCUCUACUGCAACAUCAACGAGCUGCUCGCACUGCACAGCCGCACGCCGCCCUUCGAGGCCAACAAGGACCUCCUGCACCUGCUGACGCUCUCUCUAGAUCUCUACUACACCGAGGACCAGAUCUAUGAACUUUCUUACACCAAGGAACCCAAGAACCCCAGGAUCCAGCCCGUCGCCCCAGUGAAAGCGCCGGUGGUGGCAGAAUGGGGGUCAGGGGUGACGCAUCGCCUGGACCCCGACACCAUAUCCAAACACGUCAAACAGAUGGUGGAUUCCAUCAUGAAGAACUACGACCACAAGCAGGACGGCUUCAUUUCGCUGGAAGACUUUGAGAAGAUCGCCGCCAACUUCCCCUUCUCCUUCUGCACGCAUGAAACUGACAGGCAGGGUGAAAUCAGCCGGCAGGAGAUGAGGUCCUACUUCAUGCGGGGGAUGUCGGUGUGCGCCAAGCUGGGCUACAACUUCAACGACGCCCACAACUUCCAGGAGACCACCUACAAGAGGCCCACCUUCUGCGACCCUUGCAGGGGUUUUCUGUGGGGCGUCAUCAAGCAAGGCUACCACUGCAAAGACUGCGGGAUGAACUGCCACAAGCACUGCAGGGACCUGGUGGGAAUGGAGUGUGUGAAGAAACACAAAAACAACAGCGGCUCCUGUCCAUGCACGCCUGCCCCGGACUCCCGGGCCAAGGGGACGGUGUGGAGUUCUGAGGAGGAGGCCUUUGUCUUCCCCCACGGCAACGAUGGAGAGAACAACAAGGGUGCGGCCAUCAGGAAGACCGCCGACUCGCCGCUGUCCGACUGUUCCACUCAGACGGAGCCUGGAGUGUGGACGCCCGAGAAGAAGGAGCGCAGGAUUUACAACCACGGCGCUCCUGGACAGGCCAACACGUUGCCUGCUCCCAGGAGUCGAGGCUGCUCCAUGCCCGUCUCCUUCCUGCAGGAGAAGCUGGAGGAGAUGCACCUCUGCAAGGAGAAGAGCCGGGAGCCAGACUGAGCCGCCCCCCCCGCCCUCAAAAAGAGACAAACUUUGCAGAUGUCAAAGGACGCCUUAAUCGUUUGUGGCCUUUCCUCCGCAAGCGUCCACGUGGGACUGUUUCCAGCGAGGGACUUUUGUUUCCAUUCCUCACGUAGUUUCUGGUGCUAAGAAUCUUGGGGAGGUCAGGUGAACGCUUUCCUGAUCCAGGACCAGUCCAUGGAGGGAAAUGAACACUAAAACCUGCAGCUGAGUUGGCAUCCACUCACACGUUUGGCAGCUAAGUCCACAAGGCUCCUUAAAGAAGUUGACUUUUGUCCGAUGGGAACUUCAAUCAAAUCAUUUUGCCUUCAAACUUUUGAUUUCAGAGCCAAUUCAGCACCUCAAGUGACUUUUACUCGCGUUAUUGUGUUCAAGCACAACAAUGCCAAUUAAAAAAAACGUGUAAGUCCUUUAAA